AUGAAAGAGAUUCAGGAGGAAGAGGAGAGGAAGAAAGCGCAGGGUGCAUCAAGUGCACUCUCAGCUUCGAUUUCUGAUGCAGCCUUCCUUUCAGCUGCAGCAAGGAGAGAAACGAUCCGACCGGCAGAACUUCCGAAGGUGAAGUUUUUAUUUUCUUUCCUAACCUGUAGCUAUCUCAAUUUCAUUCUUUCACAGCCUACUGCUCCUACAGGUGGUAGCGCAUGGGCCGUCGUCGGCCCUGGGGGUAAACACAUACCUUCACCUGCGGUGACGUCCCCAACUCCAAUCGCCACAACAUCUAACCGCUCUUCGGCCGUCAACGCUCGUUCAGCCUCCACGGUUUCUUCCACACCUGCCGCUAGACCUACCACGGCCGCCGCUUCUACCACUUCGACGACCCCAUCGUCGUCUGGUGGUAAUGCUAAGAAAGUUGAUGUGAAAAUGCACCCCUCGGUUGAUUUCAUGCGUUGGCUACGUGAUGCACUUCGUGGAUUGAAUCAUGGUGUUUCCGUGGAAGAAUUCAUAACAAUGCUCUUCGAUCUUCCCCUAGACCCGGACUUGUCCAUGCUUGACGUCAUCUCUGAUUUCGUCUACGCGAACAGUUCGACGAUGGACGGGAGAAGAUUCGCUUCUGAAUUUGUGAAUAAGAGGAAGGCAGACUCGGCGAAAGUGAGUCAAAUGGGCAAUGGUGGCGUUGGUGCUGGCAGUGCCAGUAAUGGGAGUGAGAGUGGGAAGUCGGUUAGUCUUGCCGAUGUGGUUAAAAGUCAGCCCAAGCCGGCGCAACCUGAUUGGGGUUACAAAGUCGUCACAAAGAAGAAGGGCAAGAGGAGUUAG